GAAGGAACAGACGCAUGUUUAGGAAAGAGCUUAACCGGCAAUAGUCUUUAACAUAAAAAUCUCAUAACUCACCGCAAAAAUUCACCCAAACCAACCGGUAACCUUCUUUAAUUACAUGCUAGCUUUUGUUUUUGCAACUUCUCCUUCAAUGGUAUUUUCACUCUUUUAACUCACCGCCGAAUGAUCAACCAACUCACUUUAAACCUCACCCUAUAAGAAGCGUUAUUCUCUGCCCUCUUUCCACCAUCCCAAAACCAAUCCUAUCUCUUCACUCUUAACUCUCUAUAGUUCUCUGAUAAUGGCUUACAAAACUAGUUCCUUGCUUCUUGCUCGAGUUUUCCUCAUCAGUACUCUGCUCGCUAUUGCUGGACAAGCAGUUGCAAAACGUGACAUCCCAAGAAAUCCAGAGAAUGAUGAUCAAAUGAAACAGCCUGAGUGGGCGCUUGAACAUGACCACAGCGUGCUCAUUCCAGGUAUCGGACGAGUGAUGCUGCCGCCAGUUUUGAAACCUUACAAUCCUUACACCGGCAGCAUCGGCGGCAACAAUGGUGGCAAUGGUGGCAGCACCGGUGGAACCAGCUAUAUUCCAGGUGGCGACGACACAUUUGUCCCAAACCCUGGUUUUGAGGUACCAAUUCCUGGUUAUGGUGCUGGCGGUGCAGGAACACAUCCACGUCCUUGAGCUCGGCUGUGAAGUUUCAAUCAGUUAGAGAAUAAAGGCAACCAGCAGCAAUCUAGUUGGAGUCUUAGGGCCCCCUUGUAUUCAGUCCAGUCCAGUCGAGUAGAUCAUAUCCACGUACUUAACGUGACAUGAGUUGCAGCUUGUCAUUUUAGUGGAGUCUUGGAGUAUGUUUAUUGAUAAAACAAGCCUGAUAGAUGUAAGUGUUUUUGUUUUAGUUUUGUCAUUUAAAUUGAGUCUAGAGUCUUUUAUGCAUUUUUCACUAGGAAAUCUAUAUGUUGCCAAGUAAUCGUGUAUUUCAAUUUCCAAAUUAAUUAUUGGUCUAUGCGAAUUAGCCUGCUGUCUUAUUUGAGUAUUC